AAGGGAGUUCAUUGCCGACCCAUCUUGACAGCAACAAAGAAGCCUCAAUGCUGCAUUCCACCUCUCCAAGAUCUAAACCACUUCCCAUUACAGGAUGGGUCGCUUCUCAGCCCGGCUGCUAUUGCUGGCACUAACAGGGCCGUGCCUGGCCAGAGUGGAGCUGGAAUUGGUGACAGCUGUACAGGGAAGCUCUUUCAGUACAACGUGUUACUACGAUAAUGACAAGUAUUCACUAGAGGAGAAAUUCUGGUGCAAGAUGCUGUCAGACCAGGGAUGCAACAGCAGACUCUUUCUGACCAUCCGAGCAAAGGGAGGGAAAUACCUAAAUAUUGCACCAAAGAGAAGGGUCGAUCUCACAAAUUUGGGAACAGGCUGGAUUUCUGUGUCCAUGACGGAGCUCCGGAUAGAGGAUUCAGGAACAUACUUCUGUGGGGUUUACGAUCAUCAGAUAAUUAUCCUAUUGAAAAAGAUUCAAUUGAUUGUUUCUUAUGACGCUCCCAUGAGGCUAUCUGCAGAAGAAGGAGGCUUCAUCUCCUUAAAUUGUUCCUAUUUUUUGAUGGACGACAGCAGGAUACCUAAUAAUUUUACCUGGUGCAAAAUGCUAACCGCAACUAGAUGUCAACCUGUCGUCAGCGUCAAGAUUGAUCAGAUUCUUAAUAUGCGAGAAAGGACCAUGAUAAAGAUUGACCGGUGGAACAGAGUGAUUAUAGUGAAGCUGGUGGCGCUCCAGCUACGUGACUCGGGGGAAUAUCAUUGUGAGACCCAUCUCCAGGGAAGUACCGUGCUACUGAAAAUGAUCACACUGAAUGUUUUGGGAAAAAGUGUGUAUUAUGAUACAGUUAAUGAGGCUACUUCGCCUCCCACUAAUGAGGGGGAAACCGCCCACCCAACUGUGGCCAGCAACAAGGAGCAGAGCCUUCCUGAGGCCCAUUUCAGUGCAUUCCUCUGCAUUAUUAUGGUACUCCUGGUUGCUAAAUUCCCGACAGCCGUACUGAUCUUUACCAUCGUCACCCGUCAGAGGAGCAGAGCCACGAGGGAGGGGAGCCAAAACCUGAACCAACACCAGCACCUCCCACUCACAGUACAAGAGAACAGGUAAUGCUUGGACAGGAUGGGAGGAGGAGGAAGAGGAUGGGCAGAAAAAUAAAGAACUCCAAGAGUCUGUCCGUCCAAACUCCCAACUCCCCCAGGACAAACGCACAUAGAUGUAGCGAUGCUGCAGAGAUGGGGACAGGAUGAGAAAGCUCUGCUCGGUUUUCCCCAGGCCCCCAUGCCGGAUAACCUUUGCUUGCUAUGCCAGGCUUUG